CCUGAGCCACCAUGAGCGGCAGAGUCGGCGACCUGAGCCCCAAACAGGCGGAGGCCCUGGCCAAGCAAGAAACUUUGACCUGCAGAAGUCGGAGGCCAUGCUCCGGAAGCACGUGGAGUUCCGAAAGCAAAAGGACAUUGACAACAUCGUCAGCUGGCAGCCUCCGGAGGUGGUCCAACACUAUCUGUCAGGGGGCAUGUGUGGCUAUGACCUGGAUGGCUGCCCGGUCUGGUAUGAUAUUAUUGGACCUCUGGAUGCCAAGGGGCUGUUGUUCUCAGCCACCAAACAGGAUCUACUCAGGACCAAGAUGCGGGACUGUGAGCUGCUUCUGCAGGAAUGUGUCCGACAAACAGCAAAGAUGGGGAAGAAGGUGGAGACCAUCACCAUGAUUUAUGACUGUGAGGGGCUUGGCCUCAAGCAUCUCUGGAAGCCUGCUGUGGAGGCCUAUGGAGAGUUUCUCUGCAUGUUUGAGGAAAAUUAUCCCGAAACACUGAAGCGUCUUUUUGUUGUUAAAGCCCCCAAGUUGUUUCCUGUGGCCUAUAACCUCAUCAAACCCUUCCUAAGUGAGGAUACUCGUAAGAAGAUCAUGGUCCUGGGAGCAAACUGGAAGGAGGUUUUAUUGAAACAUAUCAGCCCUGACCAGCUGCCUGUGGAGUAUGGGGGUACUAUGACUGACCCUGACGGAAACCCCAAGUGCAAGUCCAAGAUCAACUAUGGGGGUGACAUCCCCAAGAAGUACUACGUGCGAGACCAGGUGAAACAGCAGUAUGAACACUGUGUGCAGAUUGCCCGUGGUUCUUCUCACCAAGUGGAGUAUGAGAUCCUCUUCCCCGGCUGUGUCCUUAGGUGGCAGUUUGCAUCAGAUGGAGCAGACAUCGGCUUUGGGAUUUUCCUGAAGACCAAGAUGGGCGAGCGGCAACGGGCAGGGGAGAUGACAGAGGUGUUGUCUAACCAGAGGUACAAUGCCCACAUGGUGCCAGAGGAUGGGACUCUCACCUGCAGUGAUCCUGGCAUCUAUGUCCUGCGGUUUGAUAACACCUACAGCUUCAUUCAUGCCAAGAAGGUCAGUUUCACUGUGGAGGUCCUGCUUCCAGACAAAGCCUCAGAAGAGAAGAUGAAACAGCUGGGGGCAGUCACCCCAAAGUAAUGCCUCCUCCCACAACAGGCCUGGCCCCCUCCGCAUCUCCUUGUCAAUUUCCACCCCUUAUGGCAGUCAUUUUUCUAGCACCCUGCGGCCCAAAGAAACUGGGCUGGAGGAAAGCUCCCAGGCUGGAUCUGGGGAGCUUUCAUUUCAGAAUGAGGGAGAGGGGGAGUGGCUGGAGUGGGGUCUCCUUGCUUCCCAAACCACUAAGGAGUCCCUGGGGUUGGGCACACUGCUAGGAUCUACUGAUGACAGGAUCUAUUGAUCUCGCAAGCUGUGCCCACUUCACCUGUCCACUGACACCUAAGGUGGGGAAGGAGGGACCUUAGAUGACAGCAGGGAAGAAAUGAAGGAAAUGGGAGAGAUUGAGACCUAACAUUUCAGGGAAGCCCGCUGCAGGGUAGGAACUUGCUUCCACAUGAUCAUGUAAGUUUAGAUCAUAAUGAGGAGUAGCAAGGUAGCUAGUUGCUAGACUUACGGUGGGAAUCAGA